AUGGACCAACUCUCAGGACUAGUAUCUAAGCAAUUGAAAAUUGCCGACGAAGCUCUAAAGACACACACAACAUCCAGAGACCAUGUGGACUGGAGUCAACUUAAGAGAACUCCCCAAUUCCUAAAACAGAAGAUGAGGUUCAGCAACAACUCGUUCACGGUCGAUGAAGAAUUCAAUGAGUUAGAGUCAGAUUUAAUUCACUUGGAGAAGAAUCUUAUCAGUUUUGUCAAAUACACCAAAAUCUUUGUGGAAGUGCUGGAACGUCUGAAGGUUCAAGCCGAAAUAGUUGGGAAUACAUUUAAAGAGUUAUUUGAUCCAUAUAAGAGCUUAACUAAGGGAUUACAAAUAGAUACAGAUUCAUUUGAUAGACAGUACUCUUCAUGGCAAGAAAAAGUUGUGUAUGUUGAUGGUUUGAAGGUAUUAGAAGAUCCUGAAAGACAAACUCAUGAUAAGCUCAUUGAAGUUAAAGUAGGAGAAUUGCUCAAGAUCAUUAAGACCAUUUCUAAGAGAUGUAAGCAAAGAUCAGUCGCACUACUUGAUUACGAUUUAGCUUAUAACGAUCAUGAAAAUCUUACGCUAAAACAAAGGGAAGGGGGAGUAGUUCUCACAAUAAAACAAUCACAACAAUUACAUUGCUUGGAGAGGAAGAAAGAUGCCAAUAAGAAGAUAUAUGAUCAAUUAAACGACGAACUCAAGAUCAAGUUACCCUACUUCUUCAAGUUGGUCAAUAAUUUUUUAUAUCAAUGCCAAUUAUCAACUUUAUAUCAUAAAGCUGAGAUGUUUUCCACGUAUGUUGACAUUUUACAAAACAACUCUCAAUUAUUGAAUAUUGACUAUAAGGAAUUGAUCAAUGUAGAUAUUCAGAAAUUAAUUAGAGAUUGUGAAAUAAAAAAUGGGUAUGCAUUAGAUGAAAUAAAUAAGUUAUCAAUCAUAAAUUUUAGAGAAUCCUACCUUUCUGAAUUAACCAGAACUCCCACACCAACACCAAUAAUUUCUACUACUGGAGAUGAUGGGAAGUAUUGUAAAGCCAUAUACAAGUUCGAAGCACAACAAAAGGAUGAUCUCUCAAUUGAACCUGGAGACUUAAUACAAAUUUUAGAUAAGGAUGGAUUAUGGUGGAAGGGUAUCAUGAAUGGGAAAACAGGAGUAUUUCCCAGUAAUUAUGUGAGUGAAUUAUAG